AUGUACAAUUUGAUCAGGAAAAAUUCUUCCAUUACAAAUUCAGCCUUGCUUUUAUCUACAAAUGGUAGAAAGGAAUAUGAAAAUUAUGAAAAUAUUCAAUUUAUUGUACAUAAUUUAAUAAAGUUUUUUGAAAGUCCAGAAAGUUGCAAAUGUUCUGAAGAAGAAAAAGAUAUUAGAACUUGCUUUGAAAGAAUUGGAUUUAAAAAGUUUUUUGAAAGACAUUUUCAAAUUAUUAAUCUAAACAGCAAAGAAUUAGAUUUGUUUUUAAAAGCACAACUUUUAGCAAUGGAAAUAGAGAAUAAAAAUUAUAAAAAAUCUUCUGAAAAGAUCCAACAAAGGAUAAACUAUAGAUAUUGUUUUAAUUCAACCUAUGCUCUUUGUAAAACAGCAUUUUUAAAGCUAUACAAUAUAAGGCUUAGCCCCGAGUUUGUAGGAAAUUUCUUGGAGAAUCUUACAAAAAUUUAUAAACAUGGUAAAACAUUUUUGACUUUGAGUGAAGAAAAGGAAAAUUUAUCAAAGGAAAUCUUGCAAAUCAGAAACGAAUAUAAUAUUAUAAUUAAAGAGAAGGAUAAAACAAUUUCUGAAAAUAAAAGAAUUAUAAAAGAGCUUGCUGUUAGUAAUUUACAACUAUCAACCAAAAAUAGUGAUUUGCUUUCAAAUAUUAAUAACACCACUCGUAAUUUAGAUGAAGUCAAAGAGGAACUACUAAAACAAAAUGCUAAAAAUGAGGAAUUAACUGAAACCAAUCUUAAUUAUGUAGUUCAGUUAAAUACAAUAAAAAGCUUUUUUGCCAAUCUUAAUGGUCGUAUUACUGAAUUAGAAUCACAAAAUAUAGCCAGAUACAAUAAUACUGACAACAACAAUAAAGAACACGAAUUUAUUACUUGUAGUAAGCAACUACUUAAUCAACAUAUAAGUCAAUACAGAAAAAUUAUAAAUCAACAAAAACAAAAUGAAAUUGACAAAUUAUCAGGUGAAAUUAUAAAAUAUUUCAUAAAAGUAUUUCAUUUCACACCUUUGGAAGAUUUGGAUGAUCUUGAACUUUGUUGGGUUCUUAAUGAAUCAAAAAUUGAUCCAGAAUUUAUGGAGGGCCAGUGGGAGUAUGAUAAAGUCGAUGAUUAUGUGGUAGAAAUUUGUAGAUUUCCCUUAAUUAGAACUCCCAAGAAAAUAUAUUCACUUGCAGAAGUAUUUGUUGGCACACUUGAUAAUUCCAAUACAAGAACUAAAUCUGACAUGUCACUUGAAAUCAUAAAAUUGAGAAAGAGAAACUCGAAAAGUUAUGACAAAGAAAAUAUAAAUAUAAACAAUAAAAAUUGGAAAGAUGAACUAAAAAUUUAUAAUAAAAAAACAUUGAAAUUAGAAAAAAGAACAGGAAAUUUAGAAAAAAAAUAUAUGGGUAGAGAUCAUACACAAAAUAACAUUUAUGCUUUGACAGGAUGUGAUGAUAUACUUUGUGAAGUUUAUAAUAAUAAUACUGUGAAUUUAACAAGGAGACAAGAAAUCAAUGAAACAUUCACCAUCUCCACCAUAAGUUCUACAAAAAUGCAGAAAUUAAUUGAAAUAUAUGAUAUUGUAAUAAUGGUGGAAGAUAUACCAUUCAAUGAUAUUUCAACCAUUGGUCCUGAUCCUAAGAAAUUUUCAUGGAGUGACCGCACAGAGGAAUAG